CCAACUGACAGGCACCUGCUGAGCAACAAAACACUUUUCCGCUAUAACAAUCUUCUCUAAACACGUCCUCGCACACCUCCGCCUAUCUCACACCUGCGAUCUGUCUCCAUCAUGGCCGACGAAAUGGAGCCCUCCCUGCAGCCCAUCGUGGAUCAAAAGAGUUUGAAAUGGAUCUUCGUAGGCGGCAAGGGAGGAGUUGGCAAAACCACUACAUCCUGUUCUCUUGCUGUACAAAUGGCCAAGGCCCGAAAGAGCGUCCUGCUCAUCUCCACCGAUCCCGCUCACAACCUCUCUGAUGCCUUUGGUGUCAAGUUCGGCAAGGACGCCAAACCAGUGCCUGGCGUGGAAGGUCUCGCAGCUAUGGAGAUUGAUCCAAAUGGGAGCAUAUCAGAUCUGAUUGCCGCAGGAGGCGACGAUGCACAGGAUGCCAUGGCAGGCCUCGGAGGUGUGGGCAACAUGUUUCAGGACAUGGCCUUCAGCAUACCUGGUGUCGAUGAGGCCAUGUCUUUUGCCGAAGUGCUGAAGCAGGUCAAGGGCAUGGAGUACGAGCUCAUCAUCUUCGAUACGGCGCCCACUGGUCACACUCUACGCUUCCUGCAAUUCCCUACCGUGCUGGAGAAGGCACUCGAGAAGCUCAGCGCGCUUUCAUCACAAUUUGGGCCGAUGAUCAACAACCUGAUCGGUGCUCGAGGUGGUCUGCCGAAUGGACAAUCGUUUGACGAUGUUGUCAAGAAGAUGCACGACCUACAGGAGACGAUUGGAGAGGUGAACAAGCAGUUCAAGAAUCCAGAUCUGACCACAUUUGUGCCAGUUCUCAUUCCAGAGUUCUUGUCACUGUAUGAGACGGAGCGCAUGAUUCAAGAAUUGGGAUCGUACGAAAUCGACACACAUGCGAUGGUGGUGAACCAGCUCUUAUUCCCGAAGAAAGACAACCCUUGCGAGCAGUGCAACUCAAGGCGAAAGAUGCAGAAGAAGUACCUGGAGCAAAUUGAUGACUUGUACGGCGAAGACUUCCACGUUGUGAAGAUGCCGCUGCUGGUCGACGAAGUCAGAGGAGUGGAGAGCAUUUCGAAGUUCAGUGAGAUGCUCGUGAAGCCAUACCAGGCUCCAGCAUAGUGCUCUUAUACAAGCAACGUGCAGUGUAGAUGGUAGUUAUGGUCAGGCCGAGGACUUGCGACUGGUGGGAGGCGUAUGUGGAGAGAGUUGGCGUUGAUUGGAGCAAGCAUAAUACCCAACUCUACGCAAUGACAGUGAGCGUUCACAUGGCAUUAGAAGGCGCUUACACAUGAGAUAUGAUCAAGAGUGACGUUUGAAAGCACUACGAGAGACAGCGUCCACCAGUACUCACGAGGCAGAAAAGUCUCCUGCCACGCGUACAUGAAGACGAUCGCAAUCGAAGGGAUUGAUCGGCGUACAGCGAAUACAGGAGAUGGUGUCAACGGCUGGUUAGGAAAGUACAAAAGAGGCUGCCAGGUGAUCAGCCACAUCUGACACCUUCACACCUGCAGCACGUCUCUGCAUUGUGGUGGUCGUGCACUGCGGAUUGAUGUUCCGACAGGCAUCUGCUUGGUUGAAUACGCACGGCCACCGUUGACACAGGAAUGCUGGACCCUUGCGUUUCAUGUUUUCUUUACUCUAGUCUAGUUAGCAAAAGCCGCAUCUCGUCUAUACUGUAUCCUCUCUGCGAUAGCGGUAUGAGAACGGGACAGUCUGAAUGCGUCUCUCAUC